AUGCAGUGCUCAUCGCCAAGCGAAGAAUGCCCCGUUCGACCUGCCCCUCCACCGCCGCCUCAGAGUUCUUCAGACGAUCUGUGUUCGGCAUGCAGCUCGCCGGAGAAACUUCAUCAGUCGUCGGAAUUUGACAUCGCGGUUGGGGACAGUCAGAAACGAAGUAGCUCGGUUGGCGACAUGCCAAAAUCCAAGCGCAAGCAGUACCACCCUCACCAGGUGGAGUUGGGAACGGCAGUGUCGCGACCGGCGGACACUCGCCACAAACGUCGAAGCCAUGGCAACGUCGCCCCUGCAGCAGAGGAAGUGAACCCAGGGUCAGACCUAAGUCUCAACCUAAACGACCACCAGCAGGCGUCACGGACGAACGGCGACAAUCAGAUAAAUGACCAGCUGAAACAGAUUCGCCGAGAGCUGUUCCUGUUGCAACGGCGGUAUAUCGAAAUGCUGACCGAACAUCAGAAGAAGAUUCAACUCCCUGACGGCGGUGGUUCACUCGCUUCGGAGCCU